UUUGCACUUGUUUUUAUUUUAAUUUUAAUUUUUUAAUCUCUCUCUCUUGUAGAUUAGAUUUCUAGUUUCUAGGGUUUGCGUUCAACAAAAAAAUAAAAUCCUCUCUCUCUCACCUCACUGGUGCUCUUCCCCAACUCUUUUCCCCGGCGAUAGUCUCUUCGUCGUCAAAUAUCCGAUCAGUUGUCAUGACUACAUGAUGUCGAACAAUUUCAUGUCACAACAGUUGCCAAUACAUAGCAUUCAAUUGGGUAAGGUGGAACCCAUGUCAAACAAAUUGGAUCAUUCGUCUGUGCAAAUGGGAAUAACGGGACAGGAUAAUAAUGCCACUAUGUCGGUGGAAAAUAUGCAAACGGGUAUGUUGGGAUCUGUUGCACUAUCACAGCAGAUACCAGCAUCAGUCAACUCAGCUCAGACAUUGGAAUCUAUGCCUAACAACCGUGUUUUGCAGAAACUGUCUGUAGCAAACAUGCAAAUGGGACAGAUGGAUCCGCGAGCAAAUAAUCUGAUGCAGCAGCAGCAGUUCUUCUUUCAUAGCAAUAUGGGAGCUCAGCAGCCUACAAUGCUGACUAAGCGUAAGGCACCGAUAGAAUCUAUAUCUAACAGUCCUGGGUUGCAGAAGUUGAUGAUGCCUAACAAACGGAUUGCGCAGGUGGAACAUAGACCAUGGCUGCAGCAUGCAUCUACACCAAAUAAAUUACCAGUCCAAUAUCAACCUAGUUCCAGCCCUUCUGGCUCGCAACGCUCACAAGCUCAGUUUAAGAGGUCAACAUCCAUCAAACCCGGGCUGCAGCAGUCAUCAGCUCAUAAAACCCAAAGUGGGCAGCCUUCUCCCAAGGUUCAAAGUGAGUCAUCUGAAUCUAUGAGGUCAAGACUAAGGGAGUCGUUGGAAGCUGCUCUAGCUUUGGUUUCUCAAGAGCAGGAUGCACCGGCUUGUAAAAACCCUGGGAAUGAAGAUGCUAGUGCUUCUGGAAAAAUGCAUGAAACUUCCCAACUUUCUGGGCAAGAUUCAGGAACUGCUUAUCCUGGUAAUGAUGUCUCCGAGGAGGCAAAGGGGUCUUUGCCUGCCAAUGAGGAUUCGUUAGCCUCAGGUCACAGUACUGCUCAUGAAGUCUCCUCCAACAAUUCUGGUAAUUCCGCACAAUCCUUGAAAAAUGAGGAACAAUCAACUAUUAGCUUGCGCGAUGAGGAUAAUUCAUUUAGUGACUCUUUUUUUGUCAAAGAUGAGCUUUUACAGGGAAAUGGAUUGUCAUGGGUAAUGGAAUCUGACAUAGGAGUCGCAGAACAAAACAACAUUGAAACUCCUCUAAAACAGCAGGAUCUAGAGAUUUCUUGUGAUAUGAAUCGAUCAUCAGCUUUUUCAUCACCUGAAGUUGUAGCAUCUGAAAUUGAAAAAGAACUCUAUAAGUUAUUUGGUGGAGUAAAUAAGAAGUAUAAGGAGAAAGGAAGAUCUCUUUUAUUUAAUCUAAAAGACCGUAAUAAUCCAGAAUUGAGAGCAAGAGUUAUGUCAGGAGACAUACCCCCUGAGAAACUUUGCUCAAUGACAGCAGAGGAGCUUGCAUCUAAGGAGCUUUCUGAGUGGCGGAUGGCAAAGGCCGAGGAACUUGCUCAGAUGGUGGUAUUGCCUGCUACAGAUAUUGAUAUGAGGCGAUUGGUGAGGAAAACACACAAGGGUGAAUUUCAAGUGGAGGUUGAGCCAGCAGAUAGUGUCUAUACAGAGGUUGCCAUUGGGGAAAGUUCACUCACUCAGAUGCGGCCAACACCGAAAGAGAAGGAAGUCUCUUCCCCCUCGAAACCUGAUAAAAUCAAAGAGAAGGGAAAUUCUGGGAGUGAAAAGGGUACCUCAGAUGAUAACGAAGUUAUCAUGAUUCCUUCUAAUGAAGGGAAUGACUUGAUGCAAGGGCUCAUGGUAGAUGAUGAAUUGAAAGAUGUGGAAUUCCUUCCUCCAAUUGUAUCCCUUGAUGAGUUCAUGGAGUGUCUUAGUACAGAGCCACCAUUUGAAAAUUUGCCGGUUGAUAGUGGAAAAACAACAUCCAUCUCUGAUAAGGAUAAUUCGCAAGUCAGCUCGGUAUCCAAAUCUCCAGAUGCAACUCUCAGAGAUCCUGAUGAUACAACCACUGGUAAACCUGAAGCUACGGAUGAUAAACACAAAAAUUUUGAUACUGAUGGAAUUUCUACUGACAAUCAUGUGAAAUCAGAAACAUCGCCUCUUUUCUUCGUACCCAAGGGUGAACGUGUUUGGGAAGGCUUGCUUCAGCUGAAUAUCUCCGUGAUGGCUUCUGUUAUUUGCAUUUUUAAAAGUGGUGAAAAAACAUCCGGUAAAGACUGGCUUGGCCUUAUCGAGAUAAAGGGAAGAGUAAGACUAGAUGCAUUUGAGAAGUUCCUCCAAGAGCUUCCGAUGUCCCGAAGUCGCGCUGUUAUGGUUGUACACUUCAUUUGCAAGGAGGGGUCCUCAAAGAGUGAGAGUACGGGUCUCAAAGAGGCUGCUGAUUCAUAUAUUAUGGAUAGCAGAGUGGGUUUUGGUGAGCCUGCCCCAGGGGUUGAGCUUUAUUUCUGCCCCCCUCAUUCAAAGACCGUUGAAAUGCUUGGCAAGGUCCUUCCGAAGGAUCAAGUUGAUGCCCUCAAUGCCAUUGAUAACGGUCUAAUUGGUGUUAUUGUAUGGAGAAAAUCACCACCAGCUUCAACCGUGUCACCCAAGCACAUUUCUAAAAAGCAACACUUGUCUUCUAGGAGAACCCGAGAAAAAGAUGCUAUUCCUAAUGUCAAUGUCUCGGCUAAGCAGCCAUUACACCAUUGCGGACGUCCUGCAUCUACAAGUUCUAAACCCGAUGUCAGCAAUGAUGACGACGAUGAUGAUUUGCCUCCCGGGUUUGGACCACCAGCUACUCGGGAAGACGACGACCUGCCUGAGUUCAAUUUUUCAAGUGGUCCUGUUACACCGAGAUCCCAGUUGUCAAGCCAGGGUCAAGGAGUGCCUCAUUUUCAGUCCCUGCCCCAGGCACCUGCUCGUCCUGUAGAUCAAAUGAGAGAGCUUGUACAUAAAUAUGGACAACCUAAAACUAGUAGCUCAUCAGGAAAUUUGCAGGAUAAACGAGGUGGUGUUGUGAUGCAGCCAUGGGAUGACGACGACGACAUGCCCGAGUGGCGUCCGGAAGAUAACAAACCACAAGUUACACACCCGCACCCACAUUCACAUCCACACCUAGUGCAUGGACAACAGCCGGGUUUACAUACAAAUAUUGUACAUGAAACUCAACAUCAACAAAUGGCACGCCCAGCCAUGCCCAUGUUACGCACCAAUGUAGUGCAAGAAACUCUAAGACCAAUAGCACAGGCAGCCAUGCCUUUGCAGCCCCAAAUGAAUGUUAUGCAUGCCCCACAAAACCCAUGGCAACAGGGACCAUGGAUGGUUCCCCAAAACACAGUUCCUUCAUGGCAGCAGGGACCAUGGAUGGUUCCUAAUCCUAACUCCGGUCCUCGCGCCCCUGCUGUCUAUCCACCGAACGGUGGGCAGUAUUAUGGGGCUCCAGGACCGGAAGCUGGGCAGCCAUGGCGUAGAGAUGCUCCUACAAGUAGAGGUUUUUGAAAUCUUGUAUUAGCUUUUGAAAUCCUUUGUAAUGUUAGUGUUAUAGUCUCUUUUAUUUA